AGAAACAUGAAGGGACUUUUAAUCCUAGUUGCAGCUCUCUUCCAAGCUUCUUUUGGCCAAUCACUUGGUGGCCAAGCAUCGGCAGUUAGUGGUGCAGCUGCUGGUACUGGUGCCAGUGGGAGCGCUCAAUUAGCUGCUUCAGGAGCAGGAGUUAGUUUAGGUGGAUCCUCCAAAGGCGGAUCACAUUUACAAGCAGGUUCAGUGUCUCAGGCGCAGGCAGGUGGACAAGUUGGUGCGGGCGCUCAAACCCAAACUCAAGGAUCUGCACAAGCAGGGGGUGCUUCCGGUCAGGCACUAGCUCAAAGCCAAGGACUGUUUACUGGCGGCGCUCCACCUUCUUACUGGCACGGACAAAGUCAAGCUGCAGCUGGAGCUCAAGCCAGCGCAGGAUCUAACGGACAAUCACCCUCGGGUCAACAGCAAUUCAGAGGACAAGCUGGAGCGAAUACGGGUUUAGCUGGAGGUGCUUUCGGUCAAAGUCAAGGACAUUUCGGAGGAGCAGCGCAAUCUCAUACACAGUCAGGUGGACAGUUAGGUGCUGGUGCCUCACCUUCUUCCUACUGGCCAGGACAAAGCCAAGCCUCAGCUGGUGCUCAGAUUGGUGCAAUGGCUGGACCUUGGGGUCAUCAGCAACAUAGAUCACAAGAUGGUCUAAGUGGUGCAUCUUCUAGCCAAGCAGGAUCUCAAAGUCAAGGGCAGUUCAAUGCUGGUGAAUCUGGUACUGCUGGAGCUCAAGCCGGUGCAGGAUCAAAUGGACAAUCACACUGGGUCCAACAGCCAUUCAGAGGAUACUUUAGCGGAGCUUCUGGUCAUGCAGGAUCUGGUGGACAAGGUGAAGCUGCCGCUGGAGCACAAGCCGGAGCAGGAUCGAACGGACAAUCCGCUUGGGGUCAACAGCAAUUCAGAGGACAAGCUGGUGCAAAUGUAGGAGCUUCUGGUCAAGGAGGAUCUGGUGGACAAAGUGGAGCUGCCGCUGGAGCACAAGCCGGAGCAGGAUCGAACGGACAAUCCGCUUGGGGCCAACAGCAAUUCAGGGGACAAGCUGGUGCAAAUGUAGGAGCUUAUGGUCAAGCAGGAUCUCAAAAUCAAGGGCAGUUCAGUGCUGGCGGAUUUCCAGGAAGGUUUGGACAAGGCCAAGUAGCCGCUGGAUCUCAGGCUGGUGCAGCAUCAUUUGGACAAUCUCCCUGGGGACAACAAUUCAGAGGACAAGCUGGUGCAAAUACAGGAAUAGGAGGAGGAGCUUCUGGACAAUUUCCAAGCCAAGGACAAUUCGUUCAAGGUAGACCAUCGUUUUAUGGUGCACAAAGCAACGCCAAUACUGGAGCUCAAGGAGGAUAUCGUGGCUUUUCCGGCGGAUUUAUGGGAAUCCCAUCUAACUACCAACAAACCCAAGGAGGCCUUCGUUUAAGUAAAAGUGAAUCUCAACAAAGCCAAUCAAACACCCAACUGCAAGCACAGCUUUCCGGUGGUUCAUUCUCAGGCUGGCCUGGUUACCAAUCAGGACAUGGUAGUGCAGGAGCCCAAAGCCAAGGAUCAGCUUCAACAGGACUCAGUGGAGCAGCUGGAUAUGGGUCUGCGGGAGCAGCUCAGGGCGAAGCUGAGGCCGAGGCUGGUGCAGAGGCUGGUGUAGAAGUUGGAGUAUAAAUGGCUUCGACUUUCUCAAUUAACCAUUAAAAAUGAAGAAGACUACAAGUGAUUCACACAAACACAUUAUUUCAUAAAAAAUUCUUUUCCCUUUACAAUCUGAAUUCAUGGAACAUUUUUUGAUUUGAAUCUUAUAAUAAAGAAUUUAAUUUAAAGCUCUG